AUGAAAUCUUCAGCAAAAGAAUGGGUUGAAUGCUGUCCCACAUGCCAAGCAAACCAACGAGCACACGCCCCAGUCAUAGCCCUGAAACCCCUAGAAGUCCCCCCAUUUCCAUUCCACACGAUCUCUUACGACUUCAUCACGGGUUUCCCCAAGUCAAAUGGACACAACGCAAUCCUGGUAGUGAUUGACUCCUUUUCCAAAUUUGGUCACUUCAUCCCAACCUCGAAGAAGGUCACAGCCAAGGGUCUAGCAGAUUUAUUCGUAUGCCACGUCUGGAAACUACACGGAUUACCGGUCAAAACAAUCUCGGACCGCGGAACCACAUUCACAGGCAAAUUCCUAAGGGCGCUAUACCAACGGCUCGGAAUAAAACCGGCCUUCUCCUCAGCCUACCACCCGGAAUCAGAUGGGCAAACGGAGCGGGUGAACCAGUUCAUUGAGUUCUACCUCAGAUCCUACGUUGCAGCGGACCACUCAGACUGGGCCACAUGGUUACCAUUGGCAGAAUACGCUUACAAUAAUGCAAAACACUCUGCCACAGGGAAAACCCCUUUUGAAUUGGUAUAUGGAAGGAACCCUGUCAUGAACCCAUCCAAUAUCCCUGCCAAUGUUCCCGAAGCAGACCUGGUGGCCAACACUCUAGCUCAAGAAUGGAAGGAAGCCGAGUCAGCCCUCAGAAUGAGCAAGGAACGAAUGUCCCGAGAUCAAGGGAAGGUACCGGAAUACUCAGUAGGCAAGAAAGUUUGGCUAGAUGGAAAAAACGUGGAACUUAGGACCAAUUCAAACAAGUUAGACCCCAAACGACUUGGUCCCUUCAAAGUCAUUGAAAGAAUCUCUAGCCACGCCUACCGCCUAGAACUCCCAGAGACCCUGAAGAUCCAUGACGUUUUUUAUGUUGGGUUAUUGUCCAAAAGUCACAAGUCACCAAGCCAACCAUUUCCAAGCCGACCCCCUCCUGAGACAAUAGAAGGGGAAGAAGAGUACAAAGUUGAACAGAUCAUCGACUCCAAAAGACAACGAGGAAAAUGGUUCUACCUGAUUAAAUGGAGAGGCUAUGGCCCUGAAGAUAAUUCAUGGGAACCCGAGGAACUCUUAGAAAAUAGCCAAGAAGAGAUCAAGCGCUUCAACCAAGCAAGACUCAGAAAGGCUCGUGACGCCGCCAAGAGCCUUUAA